AUGACUGAUGACGUGAAAAUUGGCGAAGAAAUUGUAGAAAAAAAUAAUGAAUCUGCAGGCUCCAUAAGUAUAACCGUAAAAACUCAAAAAAAAUCUGAAACUUUUCAAGUUACUGAAGAUAUGCAAAUUUGUUCUUUCAAAGAAAUUUUGGCAGGCAAAUUUGAAGCCGAUAUCGAACAACUAUGUCUAAUUUUUGCUGGUAAGAUAAUGAAGGACAAUGAUACUUUAAAGAAACACAACCUAAAGGAUGGCUUGACAGUACACUUAAUUAUAAAGGAAAAAUCAUCUGAAAAUGAAAACAACACUGUACCUCCUAGGCCGUCCUAUACUAAUACGCCGUUUAACUUGCCGAAUCCAGGAAAUUUAUCAAGCCCGGAAUCUUUGGAAAACUUUAUGGAACUGCAGCGGCAAAUGGAAAGUGAAUUAUUAUCAAAUCCAAACUUAAUGAAUGAAAUACUUAACCCCGAGUAUAUGCGCGCUAUAUUCGGCAGCAAUCCACAAUUACAGGAAUUAUUUGAGAGAAAUCCUGAAUUAAACCACAUGAUUAACAAUCCAGAGAUUUUAAGGCAAACUUUGGAAAUAUCCAGGAAUCCUGCACUUCUGCAGGAAAUGAUGAGAAGCAACGACCGUGCGAUGAGCAACUUGGAGAGCAUACCUGGGGGCUUUAGUGCACUAGAAAGGAUGUACAGGGAAAUACAGGAACCCAUGUUAUCGGCCACAGACGGCAUAGCGAGAAAUCCUUUUAGCGGUUUGCAGGGAAACAACGAUGCUUCUGAAAAUCCGCAGCAAGGAUCAGAAAACGUGGAUCCUUUACCGAAUCCUUGGGCGGGGUUGAGGGCAUCUACAAGCGAAGAACGGGCUAAUAUAAGAUCUCGUUUGGAAGCCAACGCUCCUGCUUUGCAGGAACAAAUACGUACAAUGAUGCCGCAGCUAUUACAAGCACUGCAAAAUAUUAACGCCAACAAUCCAAAUAAUCCAAACACAAAUACAAACAAUGAAAAUCCAACUCCAAAUCCAAAUCAAAAUUCAAAUCCAAAUUCGACAAAUUCGAAUCCAAAUUCCACGUUUGAGUCGGCGUUUUCUGAGUUUUUGUCGAGAAUGUCCGCUCAAAAUGAAAGCUUUGCGACCCCAGAGUUGUUAUACGGAGUGCAACUGCAGCAAUUGGAAAUUAUGGGCUUUACAAAUAGAGAGGCCAAUUUGGAGGCGCUCACUGCUUCAUUCGGCGAUAUCAAUGCGGCCAUACAAAAACUAGUUGAUAGUGAUUAAAGUUUCUUUGUUAUUGAUACUUUUUUAUAUUUUUCAUUAAUA